UAUCCAUCGAGUACAAAACAACGUCCACCACGUUAUACUAUUAAUAAUCCGCGCAUCGAACCCCACUACGAAAAACCGCGGCCGCACUCCGCCGUGUCUCUGUGAAUCGCAUCCACGCAAGUUUAAAAUUAUAGUACACGAGAGCCCGUUUUAAAACCGUGCCCGCCGAUAAAUCUAGAGUGCGAAAUUCGAAAAUAAUAUUAAAAAUCGACAAGUGAAUAUGGCAUCCUUGAUCCAAGUGCGUAUUAAUAAGGGAGAUUUCCCUAAUUUAGGUUUCAGGUUACAAGGGGGUAAGGAUUUCGGAACUCCUCUUGUCAUUCAAAAAGUGAAUGUCGGUUCUCCAGCCGAAAGAGCCGGACUCGUUGCAGGAGAUUCAGUGAUCAAAAUCAAUAACACAGAUGUAUUCAAUUUGAGACAUAAAGACGCACAGGACGUCGUACUAAGAGCAGGCCCUUCAUUCGAAAUGACCAUUCAAAGAGGUGGAUCUACGUGGAAACCUUCAGUUGUACCUACUGGCCCCUUAUCGACUCCAUCUCCCCACAUCAAUAGUGCUACUACCGUUACAAGGACCUCUUUAGCUUCUAACAAGAGUGAAAAUAUUGGAGCCAUUGGAACGGGUCACAAUUUAUCUGCUAAACCUUUUAGUCCUCAGGUUAAUGGUGCUGUCAAUGGUGGACCAAGAUUAGUUAACACGCAAUAUAAUAGUCCCGUAAAACUAUAUUCAGAGGAAAGUAUAGCAGAAACCCUUUCAGCACAAACGGAAGUGUUAUCUACAGGUGCAUUAGGUGUGAAUUUCAAGAAAAACGAGAAAAACUACGAUGCUUCUAAUAGCGAAGUACUUAGAGCGCUGAAAGAAGCUGAAAACGAUACAAACUACAACGAUCAAGUAAUUCGCUCCGAUUUCUAUUCGACGCACAGCCACGCGAUCGGUGGUCGAAAAUCCACGACCCCGGUAGUUACCGAACAGACACGAUCAUUUAACGAACAGUCCCGAUCAGUUAGUGUAGGCAGUACACAAACACAAGGAUAUUCAGAGAAACCUACUGCGCCGGAAGGCGCGACCAUAUGCACUGAUUGUCAAAGGGUUAUUGUGGGUGUGUUCGUGAGGAUAAAGGACAAAAAUUUGCACGUUGAAUGUUUCAAGUGUUCAACUUGUGGAAGUUCGUUGAAAAACGUCGGUUACUACAAUAUCAACAACAAAUUGUAUUGUGACAUCCAUGCUAAAUCAGCGGCUCUAAAAAAUCAGUCCAAUCCAAAUUUAGUUCCAGUAACAGUACCACCUGGUGGAAAAGCUCCGGUUCACGCCAUAUCUUCUGCCCUUUCUAGUCAUUCUUAUCCAACAUCAUCUCCAUUAUCGCCAAAGUUAAAUACAGCUGGUAAUCAGUUCCAGACGAACGUCACUGGCCCGAAACCUUUCUCCAGCGUAACUGCUCCACUUUCCCCGUCGAACACUUUACCAAGAGCAGCUCCACUCUCUCCAGUCGCCCCCGCACCAGCGCCAUCUUUUAAUAGUCACUCAUACACUCCAUCUGCCUAUAGUCCAUCAUCAGCUCCUUCUUUUAAUUCGAAACCUCGUCCUUUUUCCUUAGUCGUUGAAUAACUAGUUAUUAAUAUUUAGCUAACUGCUUUUGAUAUUAGGCCAAGCAACAUGGAAUUUGUUUAAAACUACUAGUAUACCUUCAAUUUUUUUAUACUGUAUUUGUAAUUUCAUUGUUGAAAUGAUUGUCCUUCCUAGUAUGUAGUUUCGAAUGGUGUUGUGGGUUGAGGACUCAACACAAAACCGCCUAAGAGUUUUUUAAAAUGCCAACUUUUCGAUCUUUUAUUUGAUCUUUUCAAGGCUAAAAAUAUGUGGUACUAUUAACGUUGGUGAAGAUAAACAAGUAAACAAAAAGUUGUGAAAUUAGACAAUCCUCUCAUAUACAAUAAAAUUUAUUUUCGUUAUUACGUUAUAAUUGCUCUCAUUUAUAAUUUUAAUAACCAGCUCUCUUGGGUAACCAUUAACUUUGAAAAUUAGUCUGAUUCCAUUAUUAUUAUCAGUAUAGAAAUCAGGGUUACUUUUAUUGUCUCUAAGUUAGGUCUCCGAGGAUGGUUCGAAUAAAAGUUGAGUAAUCGGCCUGAAGCUGAAGGUUUGAAAAACCUAUUUGUCAAUUAUUUAUCAUUCGGUAGAGGAUUGUCGGAGAAACUUCGAAACUACUUCAAACCGCAUUCAUCAAAUAAUUGUGACCUGAAAUUCUACUCAAUAAACAAAGUUAGCAACUUAUUCACAUAUAUCAAAUACAAAACACCUAAACUCCAGCAUUCCAGUGUGAUUUAUAAAAUAAAUUAUUCAGACUGUAAUAAGAGUAACAUUAGUAUGACUAAGCAGUACUUGAAAUCCAGAAUAUAUCAGCAUAAAUAUGGUUGUAGAGAAAAUAUUAAAACAGCUCUGGCCCAACAUCAUUUCACUGAUGGUCACAACAUUAAUUUUCAUGAUGUGAAAAUUCUGGAUAAGGAACAUAAAUAUGGAAAAAGAACCAUCAGCGAAAUGAUAUACAAAAACUGAAUUAAACCGUUAAUAACCGUACGGAUGUGGUUAUUAUGUACCAGAUAUUUUUAACAUUGAUAAAGAUAAAUAAAAGAUCGAAAUAUUGGCAUUUUAAAAAACUCUUGGACGGUUUUAUUUUGAAACCUCAACCUGCAACAUCAAAACCCGAAAUUGUAAUUGUAAUAUUGAAGUCAAUCGUCAAUAGCUCGGUAGACUCAAACCGGUGUAACUGUCCAUAAGUUUAGUACGCCAUCAAUAUCCUUUUAUCUCCUUAGGAAGCAUUUGAGUACAAUUUCAAUUGUUUGAUAAGUGAAGAAAUAAAAACGUACGGUUUAACGGGUAAAAAAGUUAUUUUAUUUCACGACUAAUAAAGAUAACUUUGGUAAGUCUUUGAUCUAUCUCAAUACUGGUUAAAAAUAAUAUGUUUUGCUAGUUCGUCUCAUCUUCUUAUAAAAAUAUAUACUUAAGUGACAAUAACUUUCUCUUUAUUUGAUAAUUGUAUUUGAGUGAGUGUUUGGUGAAUCAAUUUUUUUUACUUGCCAAUAAAACCAUUUAUUUAUAAUAGGUUUUGGCGACGAUUUAUAGACAAUCUAGAUACUUGGCGAAUUAAUAAGUAAUGCAAGUUGUAUGUUUAUAUAAGUAAUGUAAACCUUGAUUCAUCCCCGCAUUUCCUCUAAGAGGUAUUUGGCUUAUACAGGGUGUGUCAUAAGGAACUUUACAUACUCAAUACUGAAGAUUUCGCGUUAACAAGCAAAUUCGGCAAAAUACUUUGUAGAAAGUGGAUAUGUACCUGUCCUCUUGAGGGACCAUAAAAAGGUGGGGAUUUACUAAUUGGUCAUUUACAACACCAAUCAGCACGUUAACCGAAAACCUUAACUAAGAGUGACAUUCUCGAAUAGUCUGGGGAUUUUCCUCUCGUCACACAUAUAAAUUAUUUAUCACGUCUCUUUUAAAUUGGACUUGAUGUGUACAUGGUGUCAUGUAUAGCGUUGGUCGAUGACUGUUGAUCCAAAAUUUCAACCUAUGGAUUUCAUCUCCAGUAUGUGGUGGCUGAACCAUUUGUAAGGCUCUACUUACUUUUGAUUGAGUAACAUUAAGUUCUCGAAUUACUUGUUUAGUGCUUCUAUAUGGUUCAUAGUAACACCGUCAAUAAUGUCAUCUUCCUGCGCUCCAUCUACAUAUCGUUCUGUUUUUCUACUAUGAAAAAUGCCAUUGGUAUGAGCAGCUCUACCGUUACCAUAGAAAACCCAUCAACAAAAAUUAGGUCGGCAUAUUCUGUGGACGAGAACUAUUUAAAUUUUGAACAGAAGGAAAAAAAUUUUUACCAAAGCUAACUUACUAGUACGUAACGUAAUAAUCUUAUUCCCAGAAUGAUCAAUUGGAACAUCUAUCUGCUCCAUAUUUCUGUGAAUUUACAGCAUCAAUUUCUUGUAAUUUUUGGAUAUAGAUAUAAAAUUUUCUAGUUUUUGCAAAUUUUUGUCACCCAAAUUAUCCGAUCAUAAAAGCGAUACGGUUCAUUCUAUGAUUUAUUUGUCUAGAAAUUAUAAAUGUCAUUGAGAUUGCUUGAUGAAGUAAAGAAAAGAAGCGGAUCAUCCUCUAGAAAUGAAGCAAAAAUUACUUUCCAUUUGAUAGCAUAGUCGGCCAAAUUCACUUAUUACAUUCUUAUUGCUUGGCCUUAUAACGCAUAUGUAAAAUUUGGGAAAUUGCAACAAAAUCGAUAUAGACAUUUUUUUUAUAAAGUGUAAUAUAGGUAAUCAAAUGCACGCUGAUCUUCAAUUAGAUAUAUACAAGAAAUUAAAAGUAAACUUGUAUGAUUUGAAAAUAGAUAUUUUUGGGUGAUUCGCAGAUAUUAUUGAGAGUAUAUGCUUUGAUCCUUCCUAAAUAUCCUUAUUACCUUCCCAGCAAUUCUAAAAAAUAACUAUAUUGAAAAUAGGUUCAGUUAUACUAUUUUAUAAUAACCUCAUUACAAGUCCUAUAUCUAUACUACGAGGUUUCAUAUGAGCUGUUAAAUUUAUUCCCAAACCAAGAACCGUUCGAUUAAAAACUUUUGAAAUCCUAUUUAUCGAUCAUUGUGUUAAUUCAAACCUUUUUUUCUAAAUUAUAAUUAAGAGUAAUUUGAUUGAAAUAGAAAUCUCAGCGAAAUAAUGUUUUACAUUGAUCAAACUUUCAUUUUCAGAUAUUUCUUAUUUGCCAGAGUUACAAUUGAAACUUAAUAAACUUUGAUUGAAAUUUGUUACUUAUUUCAACAUGUUUUUGUUCUUAAAAAGACAAAGGUAAUUUCUUGGUUACAUAAAAGAAGAAACAACUAGAUCCAUAACAAAAUGAAUAAGUUAAAAUGGAAAUUCACAAGACUUAACGACAUAAAGAUGAUGUGAUCAGAUAUUAUUACACUUGGAACUUUAAGUAGAAGGAAAGGACCAAAAUGUUCUUAUGAGACGAUUUGACAAAACAAUCAAAAUGGACACAAAUCUCUUAAUAAAGAAAAGCGUGAAAAAAGGAAGGGACCUAUGUUCGAAAAUAGACUUAUGAGGCGGAUCGUAUAUAGACCUUAUUUAUCAAUUUUGUUUUCAAGAACAAAAUAUUACUUCAAAUGCAGUUAAUUGGAAAACCUCAAUCUUAGAUACAAUAUUCUUUGUGAUACUUUGUUCAACUGCCAUCCAAUAGUAGACUGGUGUGUUAUUCUAUUCAAUUUUUAAUAGACCGAAUUCAAACUAUAUUGUUGAUAUUAAAAAUUUUGUCAGUAUGCAUAAGACGGAGCGACAAGCACUUUCUGAUUGUGCCAACCGCACCAGCUGACGAUAUGUAAUGUAAGAAUAGUUAUAGCUCGACAAAUUUUGAGCCUUUCUUAGGCUGUAACUUGACGUAUGGCUACUUUGUAUAUUCUUGAUUCAAUUUUGUUGAAGUGAUUGUCUUUGUCAAUUUUCCAAUAUUAUUCUAUAUUUUAUAUCCACGCCGAUUAUUUUUUACAACCAAAUAUCCAGGAUUCGGUAUCAUUCUAAAUUUGAAUUCGUCACAUUCCAAUUUUCUUUCGUAUUUAUUGUCCCACUCCAAGACCCAAUAAAAUAUUUUGUCUUCUCUCUAUGCUUGUACAGACGUUCUGUUUUAUAGGGUUCUCACUGUUUCUUUUAACGCUAUGUUGAGGUGGAGGUACCGUACUUCUGUUUCUAGUUUCCUAGAAACUUCCUCAGUACUUCUUAUCUCAAUCUAUUCAUACUCAGUUUUUUUUUUAUUUUUGCACAUAUUUUAAAUUAAUAUCCGAGUAUGUAUUCUGUGUAAGUUUGAGUCGAUUGGUAAUUCCUUACUUUCGACUCAACGUCAUUAUUGAUUGGUGUCGAUGGUAAUUUCUAAUAAUAUACCUAAAAAAUAUUCAUCAUACUUUCUUUGUAUUUGAAAUUUAUGGAGACAUGUUGAUAUAAUAACCAUCAUUAUUUAAGUGAAAUUAAAACUUCAGUUAAAUAUGCUAUUACCUUUAUAGAGAUUAUAUAUAAUUUAAGAUUGUUUUCCUUUGAAUAAGCUCUAUCGCCUUAUUGUUAAUAGCAAUUCAAAAUAUAGAUAUUGGACUGUAAUUAUUAUAUGCACUAAAAGAAGCUUAUUAACUUUAUUUUCACAUCUCUUCUCCUUUCCCAUUUCAUAAUCCUCCACUGUUUGUGUUUGUUUGAAUAGUACAAGUUACCGAAAACAUUGUGUGGCCCCCUCCCCAAGAAGAACCAGAAGUCCCUACUGCGUGUCCCUUGUUCUAUCCUCCUCCAUCUCAAAUCGAGCAAAAAAUAAUAAAAAAGAGAAAAGAAAAA